AUUCUAUAGUCUAACGAAAUAUGAUUUUUUCCAAACAUAGAUUGGUAUGUAUAUUAAAAAAAUUUAAUAAAAAUAUUUUGCUUAUAAUUAAGUUUAUCUUUCAGGUCACAGAGCAGAGAACCAUUCAAGCAGUGUCACAUAUGCUUAAAACCAUGUCAACAGCAACAAGUGCAAAGAAAUUAUUUACAAAUACGUUAAAUCUGCCUUCACUUCCCGUACAUACAUUGAACCAAACUUUAGAGAAGUACAUUAAAACUGUCGCUCCAUUUUUAAAUGAGCAUGAGCUAUCCAAUACAAAAAAGCUUUUGGAUGAAUUUAAUUCCGAAAAUGGUAUUGGAAAAAAAUUACAGAAAUUACUGAUAGAGAGAGCAAAAGUUCGUGAAAAUUGGUUAGAAGAAUGGUGGUUGAAUACUGCUUAUUUAGAAUAUCGUGAUCCUGUAGUGGUAUAUUCAAGCCCUGGUUUAGUAUUCCCUUUUGAAGACUUCACUCAAGAAAAUGAUAGAUUAAAGUAUACAGCAAAUUUGAUAUUGGCAGCCAUUCAAUAUUAUUUGAAAAUAUGGAGUGAUCAAUUACCUUUGGAUAAAAUGGGUAAUGACCCUUUAGAUAUGAACCAAUAUAAGAAAAUUUUUGGUACUUGUCGUAUUCCUAAAAGUAAUAGAGAUACUUUACAAUUUAAUCCUAAUUCUCCAAUUAUCCAUAUUAUCGUUGUAAAAAAUAAUAACUUUUUUAAAUUAGAUAUUUUGAAUAAUAAUAAUGAACUUCCAAGUGAAAAUGGUUUAAUUGAUCAGUUAAAAGUUAUAGUUGAAGAUUCAAAAUAUUCUGGUGCACCAAUAGGAAUUUUAACUAGUGACAAUAGAGAUAAUUGGAGUGUAGCUUACAAGGAAUUAAUCAAAGGAAUUCUAAUAUCAUUUUCUUGCAAAAUAUUCCAGUUAUGUUAGUUUUAUUAUAUUAUAGACCCAGUAAAUCAAGAAUCAGUUGAUAUUAUUCAAAAAUCAUUGUUUUUGGUAGCUUUAGACAAUCCAAUGCCUGAAUAUAAUGACAGUAGGAGGUCGAUAGCUAGUAAACAGUUUAUACAUGGUGGCGGUAGUAGAGCUAAUUCAGCAAAUAGAUGGUUCGAUAAAACAGUACAAUUUGUUAUUGGGGAAGAUGGAACUGUCGGUUUGACCUAUGAACAUUCACCCAGCGAAGGGCAACCUAUUGCGGUAAUGACAGAUUUUUUAAUUGACUACAUGUAUAAAAAUGGUUCAAAAAAUCUGCUGGAUACAAAAAUAAAUUCCAUGCCAACAAAACUUCGUUUUAUCACCAACGAUACUAUACAAAAAUACAUACAACAAGCAAAUGUCAAUAUAGACAAAUUAGUCGAUAAUUUAGAUAUGGAUUCGUUCCAGUUUUCAUCAUUUGGGAAAGAGUUUGUUAAAUCCCAAACAUUGAGUCCCGAUAGUUUCAUUCAGAUUGCUAUGCAGUAUGCUUUUUACAGGAUCCACAAAACUCCAGCAGCUCAUUACGAAUCUGCGGCAACUAGAAAAUACAUUCACGGUAGGACAGAAACGAUUCGUUCUUGUUCAAUUGAGUCUGUUGCUUUUGCUAAAAUUAUGUUGGAUAACAGUAAACCACUUAAUGAGAAAGUAAAUGCUCUUAAAGACGCCAUUGCUUCCCAUAAAAAAUAUUCGUUAGAGGCAGUUAAUGGUUUUGGUGUAGAUCGCCAUUUAUUGGGUUUGAAACUAAUUGCUCUAGAAAACGGAAUAGAAUUAACGGCAUUGUACAAAGAUAAAUCCUAUAUCUCGAGUAGCCAUAUGCGUCUUUCUACUAGCCAGGUGGCUACGAAAUGUGAUGGUUUCAUGUGUUAUGCUCCUUUAACUAAUGACGUAUGCUGUUACAAUCCGAGACCGUAUAAUAUUGAUUUUGGACUUUCUGCAUUUGCUGACAAUUCAGUGACAUCUGUUCGACGAUUCAGAGAAGCUUUAACCGAAAGUCUACAAGAUAUGCACGAUAUUCUGGCAAAAACUCAAAAAGCCAAGUUUUGAUGGGGUUUUUAUUGGUGUAUAAAUGACUGUUUUAGUUUGAGAGAGAUAAGGUUUCUAAAGAUUUUUGUAUUGCUUUAUAUUUGAAUGGUUUAAUAUAUUUUUAUAAAUGAAAA